CAGUGUAGAGUGAUGACUUGUGUGUGCAGCUAUUCACCCUCCCAUCACCACACACAAACAUGAUAUAUAUCAACUGAUUGUGUGUCAGUGAAUGAUGUGCUCUGAGGAGUAUUGGCUCUCUGACAUAGAUGCUUGGCUGAGCAGGUAAAAGAGAAGCAAAAGUCUGAAGAACUGCCAACGCUGACGCACCUGUCCAGGAUCGACCCUCCCACCUCCUGUCUGACACUUCUGAGGAAAAGAUCUCUGCCCCUGUCCCAGUCCAGACCUCCAAGCCAGAGGAAAAAUGGGCAACAUGGCGACAGAGAUUGUUGCCUUUCUCCUGACCAUCUCUGGGUGGAUCUUGGUGUCGUCCACCCUGCCGACGGACUACUGGAAGGUGUCCUCCGUGGAUGGGACGGUCAUCACCACGGCCACCUUCUGGUCCAACCUGUGGAAAACCUGUGUGACUGACUCCACUGGUGUGUCUAACUGCAAGGACUUUCCUUCAAUGCUGGCUCUGGAUGCCUACAUUCAGGUGUGUCGGGGUUUGAUGAUCUCCUCUGUUUGUCUGGGGUUUUUUGGUGCCAUCCUCGCCCUAGUGGGAAUGAAGUGCACGAAAAUAGGAGGCUCAGAGACCACCAAAGCUCGUUUGACCGUCCUCUCAGGCUUCCACUUCAUCCUCUGUGGCCUGUGCUGCAUGACUGCAUGCUCCAUAUAUGCUCACAGGAUCACAACUGACUUCUUUGACCCUCUCUUUGUUGCUCAGAAGUUUGAGCUGGGAGCAGCUCUCUUCAUCGGCUGGGCUGGAUCUGUGCUGUGUAUCCUGGGGGGACUUGUCUUCUGUCUCUCCCUGUCUGAAGGCCUUCAGUAUCAGGCAACUGAAUACUCUUACAGUGGAGCUGCAACAUUUGUGACAACACGCAACAAGCACAACAAGACAACCAGCAGCCUCCACAAGGAAACAGGGCAGCCAUCAAGACAGUUUGGAAGGAAUGCCUAUGUGUAAAAUUGGACUUUAUUCAGUUACACGAGUUGAUUGUGGAUCUUAUUAAUAUUUUCUCACCAGUAAAAGCAAAGGACAGCAUUCACUUUAUCAACUCUUGUGCCAGAACUCUAUGAAAAUAAUGUGACAGUUUACAUAGUGGCCAGAUUCAUCUUAUAAAUAUGACUACUUUUUGCGCCAUUUCUGUCAGUGGACCAUAUAUGCAAAAGGAGGCUUGUUUUUCUUUUAGGGCAGGAAAUUUGAUUUGGCACAAAACACAGUUCAAACUCUCAGGUCACCUUCAACAAACUGGCCUUUCCUGUCUGUCUCAUACUGACUGGACACACAAUAAAUCUGUAUUUCAUAAUUCUUGAGUCAAAGCCCAAUUGGACAGUCCUCCUUGGAUCUGAAAUCUACAGAGGAAUCAAUAUUUUAAGGAGUCUGCAAUACAUUUUAAAACAUUUCCAGCAUAUUUUUUUUUCAUUAAGACUAGAGGAUAUCACACAGAUAGCAAGCAUCCUUUUUGUGUGAGCUUUUGUUAUAUGAGUAAGAGAGCUUUGCAAAUUCAGUGGUUGUAAACAUUUUUUUUUCAAUAUUUUUCCACAAAUGGUAACAUCAUUUUAAGCAGUCUGUCUUCAAAGAGUCACUAUUUCUAAUGUAUUUUUAUUAUUAGACACAUUAUACACAUGCUUUUUGGCAAAUACAAAACUGUGUAAACCAAAAUAUGACCUAAUUUCAUUUUAAUAAGUAACUAAAGCAAUAUUUUUUUAUAACCUGAGUAGCUGUGAUGUAAUUCCAGUUAAUCUCCUCUUCAAACAAAUAUACUCAUCUUCAGUUUAAAGGUGCAUCAGUUAAUCUUUCUUGAACAGAUGCAUCUUUUAAAGACCUUUCUCAUUUUCCUGGUCUAGACUGAUCUGACCUCCAAAGGUCACCACAUCACAUCUGACCCCAGAGAGGGCUAUGCAGAUCUGGAGGCCUGACCGGAGGUUUCCCCUCCUAUCAGCCAUCCAUCCCCACCUAGGAAUUAUUAUCAAUAGGAACCCCAGGCUAUGUUACACAAAACCUCUUGGCCCAUGGGUUGGAUACCUGAACCAGCUGGCAGGGAGCAGUUGCCCUGUGCUUUCCACCGCCUUGCAUCCGUAAACAAGUGUCAGGUAUCCAGGCUCUGCAGAACGCUCCCUGAUAUAAUGGUAGUAUUGUAUGGUCUAAUGUCAGCAUUACUUUAUUAUCAGAGAUAAUAAAAAUCACAGAUGUAAUGCAUCAAACUACUUCUAGCUUAAACUUCUCAAAUCAUUUUUUAAAAGGCAACUCACAAAACUGAGGUCUUUUUGGUUACAAUUUUAUAUCUCAAAAGAAAAUAAUGAAUUAAUUAUACAAUUAUAUGUCUUGAAUGCAUAAUUUGAAAAUAAAAAAAUCUUCCAAGUGCCUCAGAUAUCUAGCUAAUCAUAAUCUAUAUUCAUAUAAACUUGUUUCUGGUGUAUUCUGAUGUUACCCAACACCUAUCAGUAACCAAGUUUGACUCGCUCGUGGGACUGCGGGAAAAGUCUGGGGAUCACCAAAGUCAUUUGCAUUUAUGCUCUAGGGAACAUGAAUGUCUGUACUUUCUAAAUACCAAAUUCUGCCUCACAGUUGGGCAUAUUUUGCAGCAAUAAUUUUUUCUUGAUAAAUACUGUAUAGUUUUACAAAAGAAAGGAAGGAGGGAAUGCAGCAUGUAUAAAAGACACUGCUUUGUA